CAGGGCGCUCUCGUGCCGCGUCCGCCCCGCUCGCGUCCGCUGCCCUUUCGGGAGGACGAGAAGGGGACACCACAGGGCGAGCGCGUCAGGGGGUGCCAUGGGCCGUCGAGGCGCGCUGGCCCUCGCCGUGGUCUCGGCUCUGCUGUGCCAGGUCUGGAGCUCGGGGGUCUUCGAGCUGAAGCUGCAGGAGUUCGUCAACAAGAAGGGGAUCCUGGGGAACCGCAGCUGCUGCCGUGGGGGCGCAGGGCCGCCGUGCGCGUGCCGGACCUUUUUCCGCGUGUGUCUCAAGCACUACCAGGCCAGCGUGUCGCCCGAGCCGCCCUGCACCUACGGCAGUGCCGUCACGCCCGUGCUGGGCGUCGACUCCUUCAGCCUGCCCGACGGCGCGGGCGCCGACCCCGCCUUCAGCAACCCCAUACGCUUCCCCUUCGGCUUCACCUGGCCGGGCACCUUCUCCCUGAUUAUUGAAGCUCUGCACACAGACUCCCCGGAUGACCUCGCCACAGAAAACCCAGAGCGGCUCAUCAGCCGCCUGGCCACACAGAGGCACCUGACGGUGGGUGAGGAGUGGUCCCAGGACCUGCACAGCAGCGGCCGCACCGACCUCAAGUACUCCUACCGCUUCGUCUGUGACGAGCACUACUACGGGGAGGGCUGCUCCGUGUUCUGCCGGCCCCGGGACGAUGCCUUCGGCCACUUCACCUGUGGGGAGCGGGGCGAGAAGGUCUGCAACUCUGGCUGGAAAGGCCAGUACUGCACGGAACCGAUCUGCCUUCCGGGGUGUGACGAGCAGCACGGCUUCUGUGACAAGCCCGGGGAGUGCAAGUGCAGAGUGGGCUGGCAGGGCCGGUACUGUGACGAGUGCAUUCGAUACCCAGGCUGUCUCCACGGCACCUGCCAGCAGCCCUGGCAGUGUAACUGUCAGGAGGGCUGGGGGGGCCUCUUCUGCAACCAAGAUCUGAACUACUGCACACACCACAAGCCCUGCAGGAAUGGAGCCACCUGCACCAACACAGGCCAGGGCAGCUACACCUGCUCCUGCCGACCUGGGUAUUCCGGUGCCAACUGCGAGCUGGAGAUCGACGAGUGUGACGCCAGCCCCUGCAGGAACGGUGGGAGCUGCACGGACCUAGAGAACGGCUAUUCCUGCACUUGCCCUCCUGGCUUCUAUGGGAAAGUCUGUGAGCUGAGUGCCAUGACCUGCGCCGACGGCCCCUGCUUCCACGGGGGUCGCUGCUCUGACAACCCGGAAGGGGGCUACACCUGCCGCUGCCCCGUGGGCUACUCCGGCUUUAACUGCGAGAAGAAGAUGGACCACUGCAGCUCUUCACCCUGCUCCAAUGGUGCCACCUGCAUGGACCUUGGCGAUGCCUACCUGUGCCGCUGCCAGGCUGGCUUUUCUGGGAGGCACUGUGACAACAACGUGGAUGACUGUGCCUCCUCCCCAUGUGCAAAUGGGGGCACCUGCAGGGACGGUGUGAACGACUACUCCUGUACCUGCCCCCCGGGCUACACAGGCAGGAACUGCAGCGCCCCCUUCAGCAGGUGCGAGCAUGCACCCUGCCACAACGGGGCCACCUGCCACGAGAGGGGCCAUCGCUACGUGUGCGAGUGUGCCCGGGGCUACGGGGGCCCCAACUGCCAGUUCCUGCUCCCCGAGCCGCCCCCGGGCCCCAUGGUGGUAGACCUCACGGAAAAGUUCGUGGAGGGCCAGGGCGGGCCUUUCCCUUGGGUGGCCGUGUGUGCCGGCAUCGUCCUCGUCCUCAUGCUGCUGCUCAGCUGUGCUGCUGCCGUCGUGUGUGUCCGGCUGCGGCUGCAGAAGCGCCGACCGCCUGCCGACCCCUGCCGGGGCGAGACGGGGACCAUGAACAACCUGGCCAGCUGGCAGCGGGAGAAGGACCUGUCGGUCAGUGUCGUCGUCGGGCCCACGCAGAUCAAGAACACCAACAAGAAGGCGGACUUCCACGCGGACCACGGUGCCGACAAGAACGGCUUCAGAGCCCGCUACCCUGCGGUGGACUAUAACCUCGUGCCGGACCUCACGGGUGGUGAAGCCCGCAGCAGGGACGCUCACAGCAAGCCGGACGCCAAGGGCCAGCCCCAGGGCUCUGCCGGGGAGGAGAAGGCUGCCCCGGCCACACUCCGGGGAGGAGAAGCAACUGAAAGGAAAAGGCCAGAGUCCGUCUAUUCCACUUCGAAAGACACCAAGUACCAGUCGGUGUACGUCAUAUCAGAGGAGAAGGACGAGUGCGUUAUUGCCACCGAGGUGUAGACUGGAAGCGAUGUGGCAAAAUUCCCAUUUCUCUGACAUAAAAUUCCAAGGAUAUAUGCCCCAACGGAUGCUGCUGAAAGAGGAGAGGGAGGCCCUCCGUGGACUGCUGCUGAGAAGCUCACUCCAGACCGAGCUGGUUCUCUUCCCAGGUCGCAGAGGCACCCCGGCGCGCGGCCGGUCGCGGGCCGGCCGCCGCGGCGCUGCCGUCUAUGCCGCCCCAUUGCACUAUGGACAGUCGCUUUUAAAGGAGUAUGUAUUUAAGGAGUGGCGUGGUGACCACGAGACGCAUGCACUGCCUGAGUGUACCUUUUGGAUUCCUGUGAGCCAGUCUGUUCUUGAACUAGAAACACAAACACUGCCUUUAUUGUCCUUUUUGAUACUAAAAUGUGUUUUUCUAGAUGGAAAAAAUGUGUUAUUUUUUGAUUUGUAAAAAUAUUUUUCAUGAUAUCUGUAAAGCUUGAGUAUUUUGUGAUGUUCAUUUUUUAUAAUUUAAAUUUUGGUAAAUAUGUAUAAAGGCACUUCGGGUCUAUGUGACUAUAUUUUUUGUAUAUAAAUGUAUUUAUGGAAUAUUGUGCAAAUGUUAUUUGAGUUUUUUUACGGUUUUGUUAAUGAAGAAAUUCCUUUUUAAAAUAUUUUUCCAAAAUAAAUAUUAUGAACGGCA